AUGUCGGUGUCUUCAAAAACUGAGAAGCCUUUCCCAAAGUUGCAAGUAUUAGAUGUAUCAUAUAAUGCAUUUGUUGGCUCUGAUAGAUAUUUCAAGAACUUUCAAGGACUGUGUGGAUUUCCAUUGACAAAAAUAUGUGAGGAGAGUGAUGGAAAACCAGACGAAGAAGAAGAAGAAGAAGAUGAUGAUGAGUAUGGAUUUGUAGAUGGAUUUGGUUGGCGAAGUGUGGUGAUAGGAUAUGGAUGUGGAUUUGUCGUUGGAAUUGGAAGUGGUUACAUGAUUAUAAGAAGCGGAAGACCAAGAUGGUUAGUGGAGUUCUUUUUCGGAGUUGGAUAUAAAUAUAAAACGAAGAAGAAACGCAACAAAGCUGCACCAACACAGAGGGGGACUUAG